UUGGUUAUUUAUAGCGCGUCGUUUGAUCACACAGUUCGUCUCUGGGACGUUCGUCGUGGGGAACUUGUUCGUACGCUGUCACGUCACAAUGAUCCUGUGUAUUCGGUUUCAUUCUCACCGGAUGGGCGUUAUGUAGCCUCCGGUUGCUUCGACCGAUCUGUAUUUAUCUGGGACAUCCAGACUGGUAAAUUACUACAAAGUUAUGUUGGGGAGAAACGAAAAGGAGGCAUUUUUGAAGUGAGCUGGAAUUCGCGAGGAGAAAAAGUAGCAGCGAGCGCUAGCGAUGGGACGGUCAUCUUGCUGGACGUGCGCCAUAUCAAGAAUCGGCUUGCCUAG